AUGCUUUGUGGAAUUUCUGGAGAGGCUCCUCAAGAGCCCGUCGUGUCUAAAAAGUCCGGUGUUGUCUACGAGAAGCGCCUUAUCGAACAAUACAUCAACGAACAUGCCACUGAGCCUGAUUCUGGCGAGGCUCUGACCACAGAUGAUCUCCUCCCUAUCCACUCGUCGCGUAUCGUCCGACCGCGUCCUCCUACCCUCACAUCUAUCCCAGCCCUCCUCGCGACCUUCCAGAACGAAUGGGACGCGCUGGCCCUCGAGACAUAUAACCUCAAGGAGCAGCUCGCGCGCACCAGGGAGGAACUUGCCACAUCACUGUACCAGCACGAUGCUGCUGUCCGAGUUAUUGCACGACUCACGAGGGAGCGAGACGAGGCUAGAGAUGCUUUGAGCAAGGUCACUGUUACUGGAGGUGCUGCCGAUGGCGAUCAAAUGCAAGUUGAUAGCGUGGAGAAGCUGCCACAGGAGCUUACUGAGAAGGUGGACGAGACUCAUCAGACACUAUCAAAGGGUCGCAAGAAGCGUCCCGUCCCCGAGGGCUGGGCCACCGGCGAAGAGAUCUCUGCUUUCGAAAGCGCAACUACGCACUCCCUACCCGUUCCUGAUGCCACCGCUCUUAGCGUUGGAGGCGCCAAUGCAGCUAUCGGAGGUCUCAAGGGUCAAGCUGUUAUCUACUCCACUACCGAGGACAAGGUCGAGGUGUCUAUCUCCGUGGAGGAGCCUGUUACAGAUGCUGCCUGGGCUGAGAACCGCGUUGUCUUUGCGACUGGACAGGGAAGCGUUAAGAUCUUUGAGGACGGUAACCAGGUUGCUUCCUUGAGCGAGCAUGCUGGUGCUGCUACAGCACUGAGCCUGCACCCCAGCGGCGAGAUCAUGGCAUCUGUCGGUACCGACAAGAGCAUUGUCUUCUACGACUUGGUUGGACAGAAGUCUGCUGCUCGUGCUUACACCGAUGCUGCUCUCACCUCUUGCGCUUUCCACCCUGACGGUCACCUCUUCGCCGCCGGCACCACCUCUGGUGAAAUUAAGCUUUUCAUGACUAACACCCUCGAGCAAGCUGCUUCCUUUAACCUCGGUGCCCCUAUUCAGGCUCUCAGCUUCUCCGAGAACGGCUACUGGUUCGCUGCCACAGCCAAGGGACAGACCAUGGUUACCAUCUUCGACCUACGAAAGGAGGGAGAUGCUGCUGUCGCCAAGGUUCUCGAGACUGGUGGACCCGUGCAAUCUCUGGCUUGGGACUACAGUGGCCAGUUCCUCGCCACUGGUGGUGCAGCUGGUGUGACAGUGCAACAAUUCACGAAGUCCACCAAGAAGUGGAGCGAGCCCUUGAAGAGCUCCACGCCUUCGGUCUCGGUUCGAUGGGGAGAGUCUGCUAAGCAGCUCGUAACAAUUAACGGUGAGGGUGUGGUCAGCAUACUUGGUUCAAAGGAAUAG